AUGCCUAAGAAACAUGGCGUGGUGAGCAAGGCCAGAGGAGAGUCCUAUGGCACCGAGAAGAGUAAAUUUCAGAGCAAGGAACCAGAGAGACCACCUCUUGCAUUAAGUCCUGUAGCAGUUGAUGCCAAAGUUUGUGUCACCAUAGCCAUCCACGCCAAGCCUGGCUCCAAACAAAGUGCUGUGACAGAUCUGACCACUGAAGCUAUAAAUGUAGCAAUUGCAGCCCCUUCAUCAGAGGGAGAGGCCAACGCUGAGCUCUGCUGGUAUCUUUGCAAGGUCCUAGAACUCAGGAAGAGCGAUGUUGUGUUAGAGAAGGGUGGCCUUCAGCAGAUUGGAUAG